AAAAAAAGGGAAAGGAAUUGACUUUAUUCUCAAAUCUAAGUACGUGCAGGAAAGACCCCAAAGCUGAUCAUAACAGGCAGAAUUUUUGUUCAAUUUUUUUAAGUAAAGCUUUUUAUUUACAAAGCACGCAGAAUUUGACACAAGAUCCAGAUGCUGAAGAUCUGACACCCUAAGCAGUGCGCCUGCUCAGAAGGAAACCUAUGGAUUCCCUCUCCCCGAGAAGUCCCCUGGACUCCAUUUCCCAGAAGCACUUUGGAACCUUUCCGCGCCGAUUGUGGUCCUUGAGCACUCGAAGGAUUCUGGGAGUUGUAGUUCUGCAUCUUAGUGCUGGAGGAGUUUUGCGAUCCUUAAAGUGAGUGGUCGAACAGUUCUCCCUUGGCAUGGUUCUGCCCUUCGUUAAGAAAGGUGACGACAAGAGGAAGAAGCAAUGGCUUCCGUGGUUCUGAAAGCCAAGUGUCAGAAAUUACUGACAUUCAAGGAUGUGGCUGUUGACUUCACACAGGAAGAGUGGAAGCAGCUGAACCCUGAUCAGAGAGAUCUGUACAAGGAUGUGAUGCUGGAGAACUAUAAAAACCUGGUCUUACUUGGUCUCCUCAUUUUUCAACCAGAUGUGAUCCACCAGUUGGAGAAUGGUGAAGUACCCUGGAGCCCAGAGGAAGAUGACUCAAGAAGUUCUUGUUCAGAUUCUCUCAUUCAGGAGAUGUGUGAAACGGAGUCAGUUCCAAGACAGGGCAUUUCUAUGGGAAAGCCAUCCAAGAAAAGACUUGCAAAGGAUGAUCCUAGGGAUUACAAAUUGACAGGAGACUGGGAAUGUGAUAGCAGGUUACAAAAGCAGAAAGAAAACAAGGAAAGAAAAUCCAGAAAAAUGACCACCGAUCAUGGUGGUAAUAAACUUGAGAGAAAUUUCAGUCUGAGUUUAAACCUUCCACAACAGAGAAUUUCAAAAGGAAAAAGCAUUUGUAAACAUGGUGUUCUUGCCAAGAACUCCAAGCAGUUUUCCAGUCCCCUAAAGUGUUAUAAAAUCUCCUCAAAUAAGAACUAUUGUAGAUAUAAUGCAUGCAGGAAGUCUUUCAGUUACCACUCAGAAAUUGGUCAGUAUCAUCGAUCAGUCACUGGAGAAAAACCACAUGGGAAAAUUUUCAAGAAAACCUCACUUUGGAAGCAUGACAGUAUUCUUUCUCAAGAGAAAUCCUUUGUAUGCAGUGAGUGUGGGAAGGCCUUUAAAGAAAAAGGAAGACUUACAGAACAUAAGAAAAUUCACACAGGAGAGAAACCCUUUGAAUGCAAUGAGUGUGGGAAGACCUUCUGCUACCCAUCAAAACUUACUCUCCAUAAGAGGAUUCAUACUGGAGAGAAACCCUUCGAAUGUAAUGAAUGUGGGAAAGCCUUCAUAGACAAAGGAAGACUUACUGGACAUAAGAAAAUUCACACAGGAGAGAAACCCUUUAAAUGUCAUGAGUGUGGGAAGGCUUUCUGUUACCGAUUAAGUCUUAUUGGACAUAAGAGAAUUCACACUGGAGAAAAACCCUUUGAAUGCAAUGAAUGUGGAAAGGCCUUUUGUUACGCGUCAAGUCUUACUCUUCAUAAGAGAAUUCAUACCAGAGAGAAACUAUUUGAAUGUAAUGAGUGUGGGAAAACUUUCUGCUAUCCAUCAAAGCUUAUUUUCCAUGAGAGAAUUCAUACUGGAGAGAAACCAUUUGAAUGUAAUGAGUGUGGGAAAGCCUUUAUAGACAAAGGAAGACUAACUAAACAUAUUAAAAUUCACAUAGGAGAAAAACCAUUUGAAUGUAAUGAAUGUGGGAAGGCUUUCACCUACCCAUCAAAGCUUAAUCUCCAUAUGAGAACUCAUACUGGAGAGAAACCCUUUAAAUGUAGUGAGUGUGUAAAGGCCUUCAAUUGCAAAGCGAGUCUUACUAAACAUAAGCUAAUUCAUACUGGAGAGAAGCCCUUUGAAUGUAAUGAAUGUGGAAGAAACUUCAGGCAAAGCUCAGCCCUUAGGAAGCAUCGGAAACUUCACACUGGAGUCGCUAUACAUAAGAUAUUUCAUACUGAAGAGAAGCCCUUUGUGUGUAAUGAAUGUGAGAAGGCCUUCAAACACAAAGCAAAUCUUAUCGAACACAAGUUAAUUCAUACUGGAGAGAAGCCCUUUGAAUGUAAUGAAUGUGGGAGAGGCUUUCGGCGACAUUCAUUACUUAGGAGACAUCAGAAACUUCAUACUAAAGAAGCUGUCUUACGUUAGUGAAUUGGGAAAGCAAUGGCAACUUCACACAUCAGGAGAAUUCUUUGAAUGUAACGAUUCUGGGAAGGCCUAUAGUUCUAGCUAUUCCCUUUGUAACCAUUAGAAUUCAAAAUAGAGAAUUACCUUUUAGAUGCAAUAAAUGUGGAAGAACUUUCCACAGUGCUGCUUUCUGCAGCACCUUUUACAGGUCACCUUUUACUAUACUGCUCGCCCUCUGUUUUGGCUACUCCUCCAUAUUCCACCCUAGAGCCCCAUGCUCCUGAUUUGUGAGAACCUGUCUAAUCUAAUGUCCCUUAGGUCUAGCCUAAGCCCACAUCAUUCUCUGGGUGUCUUCUACCAGAUUCCUGACUCUUCUCCUUCCUUCUGCUUUCAUCAAUUAAGUCUGAAUGUUCAUCUGUUGCACACCCCUGUUCCCGAAAAGGACAGGUGGCUUCCUAGAUCCUGUUUACUGUCUUUCCUCAUUAGAAUGUGAGCUCUUGGAGUACAGACUAUCUUGCUUUUUGCACUUGUAUCACUAGCACUUAGCACAGAACUUGGCAAUCUUAGCACCUAAUAAGUACUUGUUCAUGCACACUUUCUUUUAGAAAUCACAAGAAACCUCAUACCAAUAGAAACAAUAUUAAAGAAAUGGAUGUAGGAAAGUCUUUAACCAUAAUCCAUACUUAGGAAUCAGGAAAAAUCAAACUAGUUAGGGAUAAUGUCAACAAAUGAAUGUGAAAAAGCUUUUUAGCAACAACUCAUGAGCCAUUAGAAAAUUGAUGGUGGAGAAAUUAUAUGAACAGAAUAAAUUUGGAAAGGCUUUGGAUAAUCAUUCUGUAGAGACUGGGACGUUUACAGAACUUCAGGAUUGAAAGAAACUUCUUGGGGGCCAUCUAAUCCAAUGAAUGCCUGAACACGAAUCCUUCUACAAGUACUGACUUGUACUCAGAAACUUGUAGUGAUACAGCUUAUUUUGGCUUGUAAUGUAAGGCACUGGUCAAAAACGACUUUCUGCCAAACUGUUUUCCAAUGGAAUACCGCAUUUUUUCGAAAAAGAAAAUUGGAAAGAGAAGGACCUUUCAGGUAUAUGGUUUGGGGGCAAAAUCAUUAUCAAACACGGAAUGGAGGAAAUGAUAAAAGAUAAAACAAACAUUUUGACAACCUAAAACUUAAAAAUCAUUUAAAAUAAUAUAAGAGAAGCCUGUUUGAGAAAAAAUUUCAUCAAACAACUAAAAAAGUCUGAGAUUCAAGACACAGAGAUGAAUGGUCACAGAUAUGCAAUUUUCCAGAGAAGAAACACAAAUGAUCAACAACAACAUGAAAUUAUUAAUUUGAUUUUGCCCAGACAUUUGAUUUGAUUGGUGUGGUAAACUUCUACAAAUGCUGGUUCUAUAAAUUAUAGUAUUAAAUACUGAACACUUAAAGGUUAAAUAACAUUUGGGGGGCAGCUAGGUGGUGCAGUGGCUAGAGCACUAGGCCUGAAGUCAGGAGGACUU